UAAUGACAAGUUUCUAUUCAGUUACAUGCAAAUGAAGAAAGCAAAUUGAUUAAAAUACAUUCUUUGCGAAGAAGUUACUAAAUAUUCCCAAUGUGAAAUUACGUAUGAUAAAGAAUAUAAUGAUGCGAACUGUUCGGAGCUUGAAAAUGAGAGUAUUUCACAAACUGACGCCGAUUCUUUUGGUAUUAUUUUUCAUUUUACUUACGGUCAUAAAUAGAGCAGGUGACAAGGAAAGUCAAAAUGAGGAGGAACCAUUGCCGAUGCGUACUGACCGUCAGAAAGGUAUACAACAGUUUGAAAUACCUAGGGAAGAUAAAGGCACGGGCGACAAGGAUUCACCAGACAAAAUUAAAACAGGUGAUAAGGUUGAAGUCAAAACAAACGAAGAUGAAACUGCUAAAAAGCAAGUCACAGUAAAUGAGAAGGUGAAUAAACCAAAAGGAACAGCAGUAAUUAGUCUAGAGACGUUACGGGAACAAAAGUUAAAUAAUUACAAAAAGGAAAUCGAAUUUAACCAACAUUUGCAGGACACAAAGAAAAAGUUUGCAGAUAUCGUUAAAUUAGCAGAGACCAUCUUAAAUUCAAACAAAAAGUGGAAAAUCGUCUUACUUACUUUUGUAGAUGAAGAUAAUACAGCAUUUGCAAAUAGUUGGUUGUGCAAUACAAAAUACCUGGAUCUGCAUUCUUCAUUGAUUCUGGUUACUUACGGAAGAGAAUCAAAAGAAUUCAUGGACAAAAAUUGGCCUGGAAUUAGAAAAUAUACACUAGAACCAAAUGUUUCUGAACAAGACCUAAGAAGCGUGCAAUUAACACCUAGGAAAUUGCAAAUUAUUAACGCUAUAGUUCAUGCAGGUAUUAACGUGCUACUUCUUGAUGUUGAGUCAGUCUGGUUUGCGAAUCCUUUACCAAGUUUCAAGGCUGAUGAGGGUAGUGAUAUGCUUGUUAACUUUGCACCAAAGUCACGUGUAAAUACAGGAUUUCUUGUCUUAUUUGCAACGGAAAAAACAAAGUCUUUCUGGGCGACUCUAUAUGGAAAGUUGAGAAGCCUGGCAAACACUUCAAGCGAACACAGCAUCGGACUGGAAACACGUUUUGAAGACAUGCUGCACAGUAUGUUGUCAUCUAGGUUUGGAGGAGUGUCAAUUCGUGAGCUGCCAAUAGCUUCAUACUCUGAAGGCAUGUGGUACAUGCUCUCACCUGAGGAAAGAAAGAAAACACGACCAAUAGUCAUAAGAAAUAAUUAUAUGUCAGGAUUUGCGAGCAGAAUAGAUCGGGCUAUGCAGUGGCAGCACUGGUUUACACUAAAUAAUGGGACAUGUUAUGAGAAUCGCAUUAAACAAAUGAUACCGGUGGUACCUAUUAUUAAAGUGUAAGACAUUAACUUUGGCAAUAUAACGAGGGUCGAUUAAUAUACGUUGAAGUAUAUUUUUAUCACGCCUUAACAUUUCAACAGUUGCUAGGAUAACAGAAAAUGCAUUAUCAUUUAAAGCGAGAUAAUUUUAAAUAUGUAGUGACUUAUCUAAAUAAACAUAGGAAAAAAAAACAUUAACAGAAAAAAAUAAAAUCUUAAUGCGUCCAUAUUCAUUCAGUAGAGUCAGCUCAGAAAUCAGUAUCGACAUAGCGGAAGCUUGUAAUAGUUGGUAUGAUAGUACCAGCAUAGAACAUAAAAAUACAUAAAUUUCUACCAUGAUUUCAAACGUCAACUAAUUAAAGUUUUAUUUUGCAAAAUCUGUUUGAUACGAGUACAAAUGCAUCAACUUGGAAACUGUCACUUUGCAUUAUAAUUAUAGUAUUUUUUUUUGUCACUCAAGGGGAAAGCAUAUCGGGACAGGAAAGCGACGUCUUUACGACGUCAACUUUAUUUACAAUAUUUUCCAUGGUCAGUUUAAAAUAUACUAAGAUCAGAAUGCCUUUUGAAGUUUAUUCACAUAGAAGUAUAUUUGACUAUAAAAGGACCUUCAUAUUUAAUUCUUUGGAAAUUAUAAACAAGCUAAGAUUCUGACUCAUAUAUGAUUAAUUUACAUUCGUGAAAGUUCUACAAAAACACUUCUUUAUUUCAGUUGUUCAAACGUUUCUGUCCCCGAUUUCUUUGCAUUGUCCAAACUUAAGCUUAGAUAAGAAUUCAGAGUUUUGUCAGAACACGCAUUACAGUUCUGUUACAAACGGCGUAUGUUACAUGCCAUAAUAAGAACACAUCUUGCAGAUGUCAUACUCAUGAAACACGGAUGAUUAAGGCAAGCAGAUGUUAAUGCAUUUUCCAAUUCAUUGCCGCAUGAUUGAACUGUAACAUAUGUUCAUCUUUAAUGCAAGCGAGAUAAACAUGUGCUUACAUCCUUGCAUGUAUAAAGUACAUUAUAUAUAUGUAUAACACGUAUAAUACAUGUAUAAUAUGUAUUCAAACUAUAGGUAAAAUAUGUUUAUUUGCAAUCAAUUAUAGUGGGAUUCAAAGUCACGUUUCCAUUCAUAUAACUGUAAAUAAGGAAAUUUUAUUUUGAAAAGUACACUUCAACUUCAGCAGCAUUGUAUUGUACAGUUUAUUAGUGCCACAUCAAUGUACAUAUUCUAUCAGUAUGCUAUAUUGACAGUUGUACUUGACAACGUGCCACUUCUUAUAGGGUUAUAAGGUACGAUUAAUGCCACAAAAAGUUAUAAAAGUACAGUAUUUACAAAUUACAUAAUUUUGUACAAAUUUUCAAUACGAGUUAAAAGCUGCACUGAAGUUGUAUUUAGAGUUUGGAUAACUAAAUAAAGUACUGUUGUUGAAAUA